CUGAUAAGACAUUUCUUAUUUUCCUUGUUAUUUUUUUUCUCUUUUUUUCAAAAAUUCCAAUACUUUUACAUGUCACAUUUGUAUUUUACUUUAUUUUCAUCUCAAUUCCUUAUGACACUUGUCAAAAACUUUCUUUCUUUACUAAUCUUUGCCUGUUGUUUACUAUGGAUUUGAAACAGCGUUCAUCACGUUUUAAACUGGGUUCUACUUUGCCAAAUAGAAAAACUCAAUGGUCCGUCGCCAAGAGGAAACAGUCGGUCGACGAUCUCUUCGACCUCCCCGAAGAAGUCUUGGAGUUGAUCUUGGGCGAACUCUCCCUCGCCGACCUUAUCGCGUGUUCGGAGGUGUCUAAGAAAUGGAGGAGAGGUGUUAACAUCGACAGCGUCUGGAGGGACAUAUGUCGGCACGAGAGCUACGACGAUAAGCUGAUGCUGAGAAGCCGCUCUCACCUCUUCAUUGAGACUGUGACGGACGAGAAACGCAAUGUAUUGGGACCUCUUUGUUAUUGGCGCGAAGUUUAUGGGUGGUGCAGACGACUUUCUAAAAAUUGGAUAGAUAAAAAAUUUCAAACGUACAAGCUUUCAGAAACUUCCAGCCCCGUGUAUUCGCUCGAUUGUGACGGCAUCACCGCCGUUACUGGACACGAAGAUUCUUCAAUAUAUGUCUGGUCGGUAGAGGGUUUACCGUAUCUCGUGCAGAUCGUGCUAGCCGUUCUCCCGGACUACCCUAUAAUAUCUGUUAAAACUACGACCCGGUUUAUAGUGGCGAUCCAGAAGAAAUUGCUUCACGUCUUUACGAAAAACGAUAAGUACUUACUGACCGACUUGAAGAGUUUCGAGCUCGGGGAUGAAUACGUGGAGCAGAUGGAAAGGUACAACUCUCUCGGUGACGACUACGUACCGUGGUACAAAGAAGCGAUAAGGAUGCAAUCUGAAGCGGCCGCCAUGCUCAUAACCCCUUUGAUGUAUGCCGUCGUCGACGACCGCCUUUUCGCAGCGAGGUACGGCAGCGGUCAUGUCUGGAUCUGGAAACUCACGGGUUCGAAGCUCGUAUCGGACAAAGUCGGCCUCAAGGAGAUAAGUCAGAUAGAAUCCAUCGGCUCCAACGUAUAUCUCGCGUUGCACUCCGGCGUGACGAGUCUGCUGAAAUACAGCAUCGAUGAGGACGAGGUCAAGCCGCUCAUGUCGCUACCAGGACGUAAGAAGUUCGUCAUCAGCGAAAAACUCGUCAUGGCCAUCCCUGCACCAGGCGACAUCUGCUUGAAAAGAAUCUCGGUAUGGAAGAAAGGAUACUACAACGAGCCCUUGGGCACAAAAACCAUCAGCUCUUCUCAUUUCUGCGCUAUCAUAGCUGAGAAAAUUUUAGUGGUUUAUUCGGAAGACUCUAUCGUCAGGGUCUGGGAUCCGUUUCGAGGGCACACUCUCUACACUUUCUCAGUCGGCGCCGCAGUCGGAUUUAUCAGAGCCGGGUUCGGCAAGUGCCUCGUCGUCUUCAUGAACUCAUCGCUUCAUCUCUGGGACCUUAAAUCUGGAAAACGGCUCUACAGGUUUUACAACGCGCUCGAAUGGACUGGCGACUACAGGCACCUCGUGUGGAUAAACCAUUCCAUGAUACUUUCGGCCGGAGUGAACCAUCAGUUAGAAAUGCUUUCCUUUUUGUAAAAUAAACAUUUUCUGAGGACUAACAUAAAAGACAGUGAU